AGUGAACGGGUUGCUCAUACUCAUGCUCUCAGAACCGCACACAACUUGUUAACGUCACCCAUGCCCAGGACUCGCAAAAAGAAGAUUCCUAUAACGAACACUGACAAAGCGAGCUCAUCGAGCACUCCCACGUCAAGUCGCACUGUCAUCCGACGGUUUCAUGUCCUACUGAAAAAACAGAGACAGCUGAAAAAUGCCUCUUCUGCAAAUGCUGAGGUACUCGGGGAAAUAGAACAUGAGAUCGAUGAGCUGGGGGGACUAGCGGCCUAUCAGCGUAUGUCGAGUAUUGGGCAGGGGAAUGACCGCGGCGGCGGAAGUGAGAAAGUGCUCAUACAGUGGCUGAUUCAUAUGGAGCUUCGGAAGAGGGAAGCUAAAGGGAAGCUGAGGCUUCUGGAAGUUGGUGCUCUAAAGCCUGACAACUAUCGAACAUGCAUGUCAUGGAUAGAUACCACACCCAUGGACCUUCGCAGCCGCCAUCCCUCUAUUGUAGAGCAGGAUUUUCUGUUGAUGGACGAGGAUGAGAAUCGAGGGAAGUGGGAUAUCAUCAGCCUGAGCUUGGUCGUGAACUUUGUUCCGGACCCGAGAGAUCGAGGGCGAAUGUUAUGCCUUGCACACUCUAUGUUAACCCCAGACGGCCUACUCUUUCUUGCGCUUCCGCUUCCGUGCGUGGAGAACUCGCGAUAUUUGACUUUCGAUAAGCUUCAAUCCCUCAUGGAUGUCCUUGGAUUUACUGAGGUCCAGCGAAAGUGGAAGAAUGGCGGGAAAAUGGCGUAUUGGUUGUACAGGAAAAGUGAGGGCGACCAUAAGACUCUCCACGAAUAUCGUAAGAAGACUGUCUGUAGGCAAGGUGAUAGAAAUAACUUUGCAAUCCUAUUGCCAUGAUCAUAGCACUCUUUACUGAUGACCGCGUAACCUUACAAAAAGUUCGAAUUCAUUGGACCACUUUCCACGUCUCGCUGGUAAAGUAUGUUUAAGACCUAGACGAUACAGUUAGACGCAUAACAUCUCCUCCUCGCCUGGAAUCGUUCAGUGGAGCCCACUUAAGGGCGCUCCUAGCCUAAGACGCAGGAAAUCUUUCUUCGGUAGGGCUUUUGUUAAGUACUAACAUUAGACGAGUCUGGCCCAACGAGUGACUCGACCAAGAGACACACGUGUACCUAUGCUUUGCUCCGUAGCAAUUUGAAUCAGAAUAAAAAUUGUGACUCGGGC